ACUUCAGUCAGACUUGGCAGAUGCCGUCAUGUUUGUCACUUACUUCCUACUACUGAGCGGUGUUGGCCUUGCUGUUGUAACUCAAGCUCAAGAAUGCUCCAAACCUGUAGGAGGAGCCAACAUGAACUUGAAGGGCGAUGACAUUCUUUUACAAAAUUUCCCAGAUGGGAAGCAAGUGACUUUUGCCUGCAAUGUUGGCUAUACAACUAUAGGAGGGUCUUCGUCCAUUACUUGUAAAGCUGGCGCCUGGACUGUUCUGACGCUGAAAUGCGAUAGGAAAGAUUGUGGCUCUGCUGGAGAAGUGGAGAACGGAAACGUCGAUUACCCUGAAGGGACACAGUUCGGUGAUAGACUAGAGGUCACUUGCAACACGGGCUACAAUAUGGUCCCCUUUGAUAAAGCUCGAAUCCUUUGUGGAGACGGAAAGUGGAUGGACAGGUUACCUGAAUGUGAAGUGGUAACUUGUGACCUGCCACCUGUGGUAGCCAAUGGCGUUUUCAGUCCAGUCAAAGAUUUCUAUAUCUAUAGAGAAGUUGUACAGUACAAAUGUCUAAAUGGUUACACACUUUCUGGAUCAACUUCAAUAUCAUGUUCAGAACAUGGAACAUUUGGUCCUGCUCCAGCAUGUGUCAUGGUUCAAUGUAACGAGCCUAAAAUAGACAAUGCUCGGCAGGUUGAGGGUUCUCGACCCCCUCAUGGAUACAGGGCUACGGUGACAUACGAGUGCAUGUCUGGGUAUGUCAUGGAAGGAGGGCGCAGCCUGACGUGUGGAAUAGAUAGUCGGUGGUUCCCUGCACUUCCAACAUGUCGAAGAAUCCCAGACUCAACUAAACCCCCCACCACCCCCACCACCACCACCACAACACAUUCUCCCCCAGCAACACCAGACAAUCAUGGAACCAAUGUGGCUAUAGGCAUGUCUGUUUUUCUUGUAGUCCUUUCUGUGGUUGUUGGAGUCGCGUUAUACGUGAAGAAAAGACAACGCUCUCGGAGAGACUGUCCUGACAAAAAGAAAGAGGAUGUAGAACUCCCGUUACAAGGACAGACUGCCAAGCACAGCUGAACUCAUUUAUUCCAAAUAAAUGGUUGUAAGCAUCACAGUCCUGUAUCUCCAACACUGCUAGAAGAAAAAAGGGCUGCUUGAGAAGAGGACUUCUUGGCCUGACCAGUCCCGAAAUGAGUUGCUGAACAACAGUCCGAGAUUGAGAAACCUCAACAAAUUUGAGCUCAAUCCUUAGCUCACGCUUUAAGCGGCUCCCCAAGUUGAAAAUAUUUCCAUCUUUCCAACUACUACAUUUCCUGAUUAAUUGAUGUUUGGAAUGUCUUCCAAAUUUUUUUUUUUUCCUUUUUGCUUUUUUUUUUUUUUUUUUUUUUACAUCCCAGCAGAGUUUCCAUGCCGCAAUUAUCAAGGAAUGAGAUGUAUAUCAGAAGCUUAAAGGGGCUGUACUUGAAAUACUGAAACCAUAGCGGGAUAGGGUUUCCUCCACGGGGCUCUCCCACAACGUUCCCCAAUGCCUACGAUUUAGUUCUAAACCGUCUUUUUAAAACAAAGAACAGAGAAACACUUCGUUCUCUGCUACAGACGCCAUUACUCGCACUGUGUCUUCACAUAGCAAAUAAUGUCUGCUAUAUUAAUGGUCUCAAGGUCAAGUACAGCCCCUUUUAAACUCCAUGUUGAUUUAAACUUUUGCACUAUAGCUUAGAGCACGGCUCAGCUUGCCCGUUGCAACUCAGUCACACCGACUGCUUGAAACAGGCUAGAUCAGUAAAGAAUGUGAGAAUUAAACAGUUUUAGGAUAACAUUUAGGAACUUUAAAACCGAUCUGUCUUGCAGUUUCAGUUUGAUGCUUUAGAGCACAGUGGAUUUUCCUUCCGUUUUGUGUAACUGAAAUGGAUAUAAUGAUAAAUGGUGUAAAUGAGAGGCUCCUAGUUGAUAAACCAGUCUUGUAAAUAACAAUGGGAUCUGUGAAACAGUCCCGAGCGUAGUGCCUAAAUCAAAGGCAUAUAUGCCUUAUU